AUCGAUCAUCUAUUUCAGCUAAGAGUGGGAAACAAAAGAAAAUUCUUCUGAUGUCACACAUCAUUUUCUAGCAAUCUCUCUUCAAUUCCCUCUUUUAUUUUGUUUUUCAUGAGUGUAUGUAUAUAUAUAUAUAUAUAUAUAAGAGAAGAUAAAGUUUCUAUACAACUUUUGUGGUUCUCACAGUAGUACUACUCUUACUCUCAGUCUCACUUUGCAUAUACUUACAAAACCAAAAAAUCAAAGCUUCCAUUAACCAUUAUUUCUUCAUCAACACACUAUAUACUACAAACAACACUACAACUUUAUUGUAUCUAUAGCUUUUCUAUUUCUCUUUCUCUUCCAAAUCUCUCUGCAGAUAAAAAAAAGGCCGUACAGUAGUUAUCUAGGCUCCAAUUCGCCGCGUAUUUUCGAGGCCAAAAAGGACUUGCAAAAGAAGCAAAAAAAAAAUGAAGCUUCAUAUGUCAGCAGUCUGCAAACCAGUUCAUCAAGUUCAAGUUCAACCUUUGGUUGGUUUCCAAGGAGGUUCGAUUAACCAGGUGGGUUUAAAUUUCGACACCAUGUUCCGCCCCAAAGGCAAGGUGAUCUUCGUCAUCGGAGCCACAGGAACAGGAAAAUCCCGCCUGGCGAUUGACCUCGCCACGCGAUUCCCCGCCGAGAUUAUAAACUCAGACAAAAUGCAAGUAUACAGAAACUUAGACAUAACCACCAAUAAGGUCACCGAAGACGAAUGCCGCGGCGUCCCUCACCACCUUCUUGGCAACGUCUAUGAUCCCCAAUCUAACUUCUCCGCCGCCGACUUCUGCCACCAAGCCUCCUCCUCUAUUGAAUCCAUCCUCAGCCGUGGCCGCCUCCCAAUUAUAGCAGGCGGCUCUAAUUCUUAUAUAGAUGCUUUGAUUAACGACCACCACAACCACCGACGGACUCAGUUUCGCCUCCGUUACGAUUGUUUGUUCCUGUGGGUCGACGUUUCGAUACCGGUUCUUCAAGGCUUCGUGUCGGAGCGUGUGGACCGGAUGGUGGCGGCCGGAUUAGUGGAUGAGGUGAGGCAAAUCUUCGACCCCACCGCAGAUUACUCUCGGGGAAUUAGACGAGCGAUUGGUGUUCCCGAACUCGACGAAUACUUCCGAGCUGAAUCGAGAGGAGCUAGUGAGAAAACCAAAGCUAUAUUACUCCGAUACGCCAUUGAUAAGAUCAAACAGAACACAUGUAAGCUCGCUUGCCGCCAAUUACAGAAAAUCAACAACCUUCACGACAAUUGGAGCUGGAACACUCAUCGAUUGGACGCCACCGAGGCGUUCUUGAAGCGCGGCCGAGGCCAAGACGCCGACGGGGCUUGGGAAAAGCUCGUCGCCGGACCAGGCACAAUGAUCGUCGACGAUUUUCUUUACAGUGAAGGCUUACCAACUAUGCUUCCUAACGACGCCGUUUUGACGACCUCACCUGUUUCCCUGGCCCCCGUCGUUGCUGCCGUUACGCGUUAAUAGUCCACUGCCUCUAACGACACCAUUUUGACGACACGUGGUGAAUUUGUAAUUGGGCUGGGCCCACAGAAUCUACAACCGCACGGCUAUUAUCGUGGACCAGUUAUAGGUUAAUAAAUAAUGCUAUAAACACACAAAAAUUACAUUAAAAAGAAGAAAUUACUCCCUUUUUUCUUUUAGUGUAAUUUUUGUUUCUUUCUUGCAUUAUUUAUAUAAUUAUAAAUAUAUUUAAUUUUAUGGUCUUUUCAGUUAAAAAAAAUACGGCGUGGACUGACAGAGGGGUUGCUGUCAGGUCGUUAAGGACCUAAAAUUGGCGGCCGUACAGUUAGGAGCGUUUUAGAAAUCCGUGCUGGCUGGCUUUCUUUUUUGUUUUGGUUUAAUAUAAUAUAUAGUUGAAAAGCAGAAGAAAAAAAAAGGUCACGCGCGGACCUUUUUUGUAUUUUUGUUUUUUUUUAAAGUUGGGUGGAACAGAAUUUCCGUGCCAAGUUGGGGAUAGGCUACUGUGGGGUCCAGUAGUAAGUAGGGGUGGGUGACGUGGCAUUAUGGUCCAGUUAUUAAAAAACAGAAAAACACCAUACUUGAAGAGCAACAUACUUGAAGAGCUAUCCGGGGCUGAUGUGUAGCCUUUGGCAGACUGAAAAGAUGACUCGUGUUUUUCAACUUGAGCAUCAAAGUUUUAUGGUGUGAAUGAAUGUAAUGAGGAAGUUAUUUUGUUUGUGAGUUCUUUUUCUUUCUUUCUAGUAGUUCCGUCUUUUUUACAUGACUUGUGAUAUCAUCGUCGAAAGAGGUGUUACUUGUAUCAAUAUGUAUCUACAAUUUUAGAAUUUCUUUUGAAUAUUAUAAGUACAUUAUAAA